ACUUUAAUGAGUAUUGUUCUAACAUUUGUUAAUUUGUUUCUUUGUAGACAUGCAGCCAUUGGUGGUGAUGAAAGAAGAAACUGUCCCUGAACACCAGGAAUGGAAUCUAAGUGUUGACCAGGAGGACAUUAAAGAAGAGAAGCUGUGGAUAAGUCAGCAGGGAGAGCAGCUUCAGCAGCUGGAGGAGGCAGAUCUCACUGAGUUUGGUUUCACUGUUGUCCACGUGAAGAGUGAAAAUGAUGAAAAACCAGACUCAUCACAGCUUUAUCAAAGCCGAAGUGACGAGAGCGCAGAGGCAGAAACACAGAGACAGAAACAGAAGGGCACUCUAAACACACACAUGAUAAUUCAUACAGGGAAAAAAGCAUUUGUCUGUUCUGAGUGUGGUCAAAGAUUUGGGCAAAAGAACACCCUGACUAGACACAUGUUCAUUCAUACAGGACAAAAACCAUUUGUCUGUUCUGAGUGUGGUCAAAGAUUUAGACUAAAGAUCACUCUGGACAGACACAUGAUAAUUCACACAGGGCAAAAAGCAUUUGUCUGUUCUGAGUGUGGCCAAAGAUUUGGACAAAAGGGCAACCUGAAUACACACAUGAUAAUUCAUACAGGGCAAAAACCAUUUGUCUGUUCUAAGUGUGGUCAAGGAUUUGGACAAAAGAACAUCCUGAAUACACACAUGAUAAUUCACACAGGACAAAAACCAUUUGUCUGUUCUGAGUGUGGUCAAAGAUUUAGACUAAAGAUCACUCUGGACAGACACAUGAUA